AUGUGUAAGAAUUAUAGCACAGGGGAUAAGUGGAUACCGGGUAAUGUGUGGAAAAAAUUAUCACCGGUAACUUACUUAAUUAAAACUUUAGAUAAUAAUGUUGUGAAGAGACAUCUAAAUCAAAUAAUUGACAGGCAGUGUAAGAUUCCUAGUGGUCAAAUAGAACAAACAGUAUUAGUAAAUCCGUAUAGUGAGGAGGAUGAUAAGGCAGAAAAAUCUUUUGAGGAGAGAACUAUUGGUAGUGAGGAGGUCUUACAUGAACAAGAUGGGAAUGAUGAUAAUAUAGUAUGUGAGAAUUUGGUUAGGAAGAGUGGUAGAGUAAUUAAAGCACCUAAUCGUUUAAAUUUAUAA